UUAGGCGAGUCAUCAAGCUAGGGUCAGCGACAGUCGUAAACUCCAUGAAACCGUCGCAAACUGUCGCAAAGCUGUUCCUCUCAGCAGGCUCAGGGGAUUUUUCAGAAAACAAAUCGGGUCGAACGCAAGCGGAGGCUGAAGCUGCCCGGGUAAACAACAGCGAACGCCUCGGAGAGGCAGGAAUGGGGACUUCAUUGCGGGCCCGGAUGGAAAACGAAGAGGAAUUCCCACCUUUCGUGAAGAAAAAAUAGAUUAAGCCAUUGCCUUUGUGAUUCGGCCAUAGGACUGUUGACGUAGUUUGCUGUUAAAGAGAAAGAAUAGAUUAUUACAUAUGCGAAAGCCUAUGUCGUUCGCCUUUUUGUUAAUGGUUCGGUUAAAUCGGGCCUCUGGUUUCGUGUUGUCAGCUUCGCAGCCUCUUUGCUGACGGUCUUCACCGCAUUUUGCCUCUUUUAUGGCCAGCUAGCCUGCUAGCCAGCUAGUUGUUUAUUCCGAAGGAAGGAUACUGUUGUGUCAAGUUUAUCUAAUACGGCUGUGGUGUGCUGCCGGACCUCCGAUGGGACUUUAGGACCCAGGGAAUCCACCCCGAGUAGCACAUCUUCAGGGAACUGGUGCCGCAAUGAAAAGCGAGGUUCCGUCCAAUGGCCCACGCCGGCAUGAGCACCUGAAGGCGGCGCUGGCUAACCCUGAGCCAGUGGAGGCUGCGAAGAGCUUUCCAGCCAGUGUGGAGAUGGUAGCCAAAGUGGGCAGUGAGUUUUCCCCACUGUGUGCGGAGGCUCGGUCCCGACCUCUGCGGGAGGUUAACGUGGGGGGCCGGAGAGACUCGGACAGGGGCCUCGUCGGCCGCAGGAAGCGCCGGAGUCAGCAGCCGGGGCCCUCAGCUCGGGCCCUGAAGGAGGGACCUACUACAGACGUCUCCCGCCACCGGUCUGGGCUACUGGAAGGCCACAGUGAGGAUGAGCACAUGGCAGAGUCAUCCUUCAGUGAUUGUGUGUCCUCACCAUCCUCGAGCCUGCGCUUUGGGGAUUCCGACACGCUCAGCUCGGAAGAGGAGGUGGAGCCUAUGGUAGAGGGGGGCGGGACAGUUGCUGGGGGGGAGGAGUCGCAGCACAGAGCCAUUGUAGGUGCUGGGGGCGGGGCAUCGGGGGGUGGGCCACGCUCCUCCCUGGGCCGGACUCGGAGCAGCCGGUUGCACAGGUGGGCACGCCCAGGGCUGGAUGCUGUGUUCCCCACGAAGAGGUCCCGGCCGAGCGGCCGGCGCUCCCUCCACCGAAAGCGGUUGGCGAAGGUGGGCGUGGCCACAGCCUCGCGGACUCCAAGGCAGAAGGAGCGGCUGCUGCUGCAGCGCAGGCAGCGGGAGGUGAUCGCCCGCAGGAAGUACGCCCUGCUGCACAGCAGCAGCAGCUCCACCGAGGAGCUGAGCCGGGAUGACUCCUCCGCCAGCUCCACCGAGGCUGAGGAUGAGCUCUACGUUGAUGUCAGCAGCAGCCAACCCAGCAGCACCGCCAUGGCAACAGGUCCUUUGGACGAGGAUGUGGUGGUGAUCGAGGCUACGACAGCGCCCCCUAUACCUGCCAGCGAGGAGAUCAACGUCACGUCCACCGACAGCGAGGUGGAGAUCGUCACCGUCGGCGAUGCCUUCAGGCCUCGCUCCGGGGGGGGCAGCGGCAGGAUGACCUGGGGGCCCAGCUGCUCCCAGAUGCGUCCCCAGGAGCAGCGCGGACGCCACCGGGUCUCCACCGUCAUCCAGCCGCUCCGGCAGAGCGCCGGCGAGGUGGUGGACCUCACAGUGGACGAGGAUGAUCUCUCUGUAGUGCCAACUACCCCCAGCAGUGGCCACGCCCAGCUUGUUGGCUCCUCCUCUUCCUCCUCCUCCUCGUCCUCUAGCCAUGCCUCUACCUCAGAGCCCCCCCGGGAAGCCCCAGGACCUUCCACCAGGCCUGGCCCGGCUCCGGACAGCACAGCGGGCAGCGCCGUCGGGGGUAGGACUGUGCCGUCCUCACUUUUAGUGGCUAAUGAAGGAAGGGGGCAUCAGAGGAAUGUUUCCCCUGUGCUGACCCCCCACCCGUGUUUGUUGCCCCAUGAAGAUGAUGCCAGGCGAGGCUCCUCAGGGCUGAUGGGCGAUGGUGUGGCGAUGCCCCGCCUUCCUUCCUGCUGCCCCCAGCACUCACCCUGCGCCGGCCCCUCCUCCGGGCACCUCCCCCUCAGCCACGCCCACUCCAGCUGCAUGCAGGCCCCGCCCACCCAACAGCCGACACCCCAGCAUGGCCACGGCCAACACUUUCACCACCAUCACCACCAUCAUCACGGAGCGCCUGCCCCGCCCUCGGCCCCUCAGCUCCCCUUCCCCGAGCCUGGCUGCCCCCUGGAGAGGUCGUCUGCGGGGCCCGGACCCUGCAUUGGGGUUUCCAGCACCAGCGGCCAGUACCAUGAUCAGACCCUGCCAGUGGACCUCAGUAGCAGCAGCUCCAUGAGGACCGGUGGUGUGACCUCGGCCGCUGGCUUCCAUGCCGCCUCCGCCUUCGAUCCCUGCUGCCCCGGCUCGUCGGCCCGCCCCCCUCCAUACGCCUCUCAGCCCGCCCCAGGGCCCAGCCAGCCGGGCGCCCCCGACUGCUUCGGGUCGGCCAUGCCAGCCCCACCCCCAGCCCCUCCCCAGCUGUCCUCCUGCAGGCACUAUAUGCACCCUACCUACGGACCUCUCAGCCGCUCCCUUCACCACCAGCCUCCGUCCUCCUGCCCUCACUCCCACGGGAACCCGCAGUCCGCUCCACAGCCACCCCCCCAGGCUGACUACGUAAUUCCCCACCCGGUGCACCCCUUCCACACGCCCCUGCCAUCUCAUGGCCCCGCCCCCGGCCACACCGUGCCCCCCACGGCCGUGCCGCCACCCUCUCUCUCCGGCCACAGCCUGUCGGGCUCCGCGGGCCCCCUCCCCCAGCACCUGCCCCCCGAGCACCAGGCUCUCCACCACCACGUGCCGCCGCUGGGCCCUUCGGUCCAGAGGCUGCACCAGCACGACCUGCUGCAGAGGAUGGAGGUGCAGAGACGCCGGAUGAUGCAGCACCCCACACGAGCCCAUGAAAGACCACCGCCUCACCCCCACAGGAUGCACCCCAACUACGGACACGGUCACCACAUCCACGUGCCACAGACCAUGUCCUCACACCCUCGCCAGCCAGACCAGCGGACCACCUGGGAGCUGGGGAUCGAGGCAGGAGUGACCUUAGCCCCAUACCCCUCGGGGCACCUCCACCUCCCUCACUACCACCCCCCGCCCAGGCUGCACCACUUCCCCAUCCCGUUUGUGCACACGGGCGUUCCUGAAGUGACGUACCCACACAUCCGCUAUAUCUCAUCCAGGAUGACGGGAUUCCGGCGGACCUAUGAAGAUCUGCUGCACCUAGAAGAGAGGCUGGGAACUGUGAACCGCGGUGCCUCUCAGGGAACCAUAGAGAGAUGCACGUACCCACACAAGUACAAGAAGAGGAAGCUGCACGGGAAGCAGGAGGAAGAUGAGGGAACGGAGGAAGACACCGAGGAGAAGUGCACCAUCUGCCUGUCUAUACUGGAGGAGGGAGAGGAUGUCAGACGCCUUCCCUGCAUGCACCUGUUCCAUCAGCUCUGCGUGGACCAGUGGUUGCUCACCAACAAGAAAUGCCCCAUCUGCAGAGUGGAUAUCGAGGCCCAGCUGUCUGCGGAGAGUUGAUGCUGCUCUCAGAAACCUCUUAUGUGAUUUUAAUUCUCUUCCUUUUCUUCCGUGAUGCAGUCAACCAAAGAUGGCAUGAAUUAUGGGAAAAACAAUAAGAUGUCGAGCAUUUAAAACACAAUGCUGGCCGCCACAUAGUACCCAUCCUGCUAAAAGCGUUUUCAGUGAGGAUUUUAAAUUUUGAUUAUAUUUAUAAAGCUUUUUAUGUAGCUAUUCUCCCCCUCCUGUGUUCUCUUUUUUUCCGCAUGGUUCUUUGUGACGCAUUUCUUUGCACAUGUAAUGAAUUAGGCUGCUCACGGCCUAAAUACGUGCUGAGUGUGCUACUCUGGUAAAGGAAGCAUUUCUAUGUUCAUGAUGCCAUGCUUUACUGGAAUAGAAUGUCAGCUUCAACCAUAUCAAGACUCAUUUAAAUGAUUCUGUUUGUUUGCAUAUGGUCAGUUUGAUCAUUUGGGGGUUGGGGGAAUUAUUAAUAACACAUUCCUUAAAAUUAGGAGGAAGACCCAAACAGCCGCUGUAUUACGUCGUUGAACCACCAUGCAGUGUCCAUUGAAUGGGAACAAUCACAAAGCAUGUCACUUCCCAGAAAAUACACAUACUUGGCAACCCACCCCCCACUGGUUUUUAUGCACAAUGUUGCACACAUUUGCAGCUGACGUUUGAGGAAAAAUAAUGAUUGAAUGUCACUUGGUGUAUUUUAAAUUAAUUUUUGAUCUUGUGUGUGGGAGAUGCCUUAUGUCAGUCUGUGUUGUAUGUGGGCAAAGCUGGACAACAUCUUCUUAGGUAUCUGACAGGCAAACCAGGUUCCACCUGAUUGUGUAACCUGUGGGCGAAAGUGAAUCAUGGACUGGAGGCUGAGUAUGGCCACGCCCCCCAUUUCAUUAGCGUUCCCGUUUUAUAAAUAUGUGUUCGGACUGCCCGUUAAUGACGUCUCCAUGUGAGGUGUUGGUAACAAUCCAUCUUAACAAAGCUAGUUAUCAGUUGUCAGGUCUUUGAUUUAUUUUUUAUUUUUUUCUUUUGCAGCAAAUGUUUUUUGCCCUGAAGAACUUAACACUAAUGUUAUUCUCAACUAGCUAACUUGCAUAUACUUGCACAUCAAAAGCUGAAAGUAAUAAGACAGGGGUCUUGUGAAAAUAAGUGUGUUGAAUCGAUGUAUUUCUACUCUGACUGCUGACUUUCGGGGGGAAGAAAAUCUCACUUUGAAUGGAGUGUUAAAAUACAGUACUUACGGCAGGUAUCCAUGCGUUCAGAUUUAAUGGCCCCAUGUUGCGUCUCGGGGGAUUUAUAUUAGUUUUAAAAUAAUAUUAAUAAAUAAAGUUAGGCAACUCUUA